CCGCGGCGGGGGGCGGGGCGGCCUGCGGGCGCGGACAGCGCGGAGGGGACCGCCGCGGGCACGCGGGAAAAGCCCGGCGCACAACCUCGCGCCGCCUGCUCGGGUCCUGGGCGGAGCGGGCGGUCGGGCCGGGAAGGACGCGCAGGUUUGUGUGAGCACUGGGAGCUGCGGGGACAGCCAGCCCACCUGAGCUCGGGUGGAUUGCGGGCUGGUGGCUUUGUUCCUCCUUCCCCUGCCACAGGAGGCGUGGGCUUUCAACUCUCAAGGUUUUGUCUUUUGCCAUCUCACGCUCCUAGCCCUGAAAUCAGAGGAUAGGGUGAUUGUCGCCGUUCUUCGCCGCCAACUGCGACAUAUGGAACGUAACGGCAUUGCAAGGGGGGUCGGGGUUCACAGUGGCUGGGCUGGCGUAGCGUGCGCUGCUCUGACUUGCCGGUGCCCGGCUCCCCCUAAGAGGCUGGAAAUGCGGCCCCUGGUUCUCCGGGGGGGGGGCCUGGAACUAGGUGGAGAUUGGGCCGGGCCGCGGCGUCUCCCCCCUACACCACCACCGUGGGGCCGGGUCUCCUUCAGGAGCGCUGCAGGCCGUCCUUUCCUCUGCAUCUUUCUGGGGCGCAUUCCCCGCCGCGAAUGCAAACCCCGCGGGGCGCCUUGGGGUACUGCAUCCUGGGGGGCAACGGAGACUCCCUCGGAAAGAUAAACAGUCAAGUUUUGUCCCCGGAAGAAAGACCUCUGGGCCUGGGGGAAGCAGGCCUAGGGGAUCAGUGGGGGUGGUUGCCCGCCCCACCUGUAGAUCUCCGUCCAGUCUCACACCUUUUAUAAACGCAAGUACCAGUGGGAGAGAAGUUGGUGGCCCGGGGAGCUGUUAAAGGGCCUGGGGAGGAGAGGGUGAUGCUGGCCCGGGGAGAUGGGCUGCCAGGUUCAGGUUCCUGAAGGAGACAGAGCCUGGUCACUCUGGAGCACUUUGCAUUUUGUGUUGAUAAAGGGGGCUGUUCUCAGACAAGACAGAUCCUUAAAGCGAGGCAGGCAGGGAGGAGGAGGGGUAAAAGCAGCAGCUGGAUUUGGCAGCCCAGGGUACCUGCAGGGAGAGGUGCGGAGUGCGAAAGCAAACACGUAGUAUAGUACGGCGCUGUGCUGCAGACAGCUUUACUUGACUGCCUCCGUGGAGAACCGCACAUUAUGUGGAAAGUGGGAGCGUUGGUGCAGCCAGGUUUUAAACCAGAAGGAAGGAUUUUUUUCUUUAACCGCUUACGUGCCAAAAGAAAAUUUCACAAAUGUUCCGUUCCUUUAGUUGCUUUCUUCAAAAGAGAUGUCUUGUAGUAUGGACGUGGCCUUUGUGCACUAUUUCGUUUUAGGAACAUUACAGUAUUUACAGUAAAUAUGAGAAGUUAGUGAGGGGUGAGACGGGCACCAGGCACAGACUUCACUACCUAAUUUGCAGACAUUACCUCCUUUAUCACACAGCAAACUUUGAAGAGGAUUACAAGCAUCCUUAUUUUCCAAACGAAGAAACUGAGGCUUGGGUCAGUUCAACAAUUCACUUAAAGUCAGAAUUAAUAAACGGUGAAAUCGGAAUUUGAACCUAACCCAAGCUUGUCCCUAAAGAUCACCCUAAAAAGAUACUUCAUGAGCACUCACGGUUCUUUCAAGGACUUUACAUUCACUUUCCUGUCAGGGCAGCCACAGAUCACAAUGUGGAUAAUACAACAGAAAUAUUCAGGGAGUGGUUGAAAAACAUACAGAAACUCUAUCACUACGUGGAGUGGAGGCCUAUGGAUGAGCCAGAAUCUUAUCCUGAUGAAAUUGGACCAAAGCACUGGCCAAGCUCCCGGUUUACCCAUGUGAUGAAACUACGACAAGCAGCGCUUAGAACUGCAAGGGAAAGAUGGUCAGACUACAUUCUGUUCAUAGAUGUCGACAAUUUCUUGACUAAUCCACAGACCCUCAAUCUAAUGAUUGCCGAAAACAAAACCAUUGUGGCCCCCAUGCUGGAGUCUCGGGGCCUGUACUCUAACUUCUGGUGCGGAAUCACACCUCAGGGCUUCUAUAAGCGGACCCCAGACUACAUUCAGAUUCGAGAAUGGAAGCGGUUGGGCUGUUUCCCCGUCCCCAUGGUCCACUCCACCUUCCUAAUUGACCUCAGGAAGGAAGCUUCUGACAGGCUGACGUUCUACCCGCCACACCAGGACUACACGUGGACCUUUGAUGACAUCAUUGUCUUCGCCUUCUCCAGCAGGCAAGCAGGCAUCCAGAUGCACCUUUGCAACCGAGAGCACUAUGGCUACCUGCCCAUCCCUCUGAAGCCCCAUCAGACGCUGCAGGAGGACAUCGAGAACCUCAUCCACGUGCAGAUCGAAGCAAUGAUUGACCGUCCUCCAAUGGAACCCUCCCAGUUUGUCUCAGUUGUCCCUAAAUACCCAGACAAGAUGGGAUUUGAUGAGAUUUUCAUGAUAAACCUCAAACGCAGAAAAGACAGGCGGGACCGGAUGCUGCGCACACUAUAUGAACAGGAGAUCGAGGUCAAGAUUGUUGAAGCGGUGGAUGGAAAGGCACUCAACACAAGCCAGCUAAAGGCCCUGAAUAUUGAAAUGCUUCCUGGCUAUCGUGAUCCCUACUCCUCCAGGCCUCUGACCAGGGGUGAAAUCGGCUGCUUUCUUAGCCACUACUCUGUCUGGAAAGAGGUAAUUGACCGAGAACUGAAGAAGACUCUUGUUAUUGAGGAUGAUGUGCGUUUUGAGCAUCAGUUUAAGACAAAGUUGAUGAAGCUGAUGGAUGACAUUGACCGGGUUCAUCUGGACUGGGAACUGAUUUAUAUUGGUAGGAAGAGGAUGCAACUAAAAGAGCCAGAGAAAGCAGUGCCCAAUGUGGUGAAUCUGGUUGAAGCUGACUAUUCCUACUGGACUCUGGGCUAUGUCAUCUCUCUGGAAGGAGCACAGAAGCUGGUUGGAGCCAAUCCUUUUGGGAAGAUGCUACCAGUGGAUGAGUUUCUGCCAAUCAUGUACAACAAGCAUCCUGUAGCCGAGUACAAGGAGUACUAUGAAUCCAGGGACUUGAAAGCCUUCUCCGCCGAACCAUUGCUCAUCUACCCCACACACUACACAGGCCAGCCGGGGUACCUGAGUGACACAGAGACCUCGACCAUCUGGGACAAUGAGACAGUGGCCACUGACUGGGACAGGACACAUUCCUGGAAGUCCCGCAAACAAGGCCGCCUCCACGGCGAUGCCAAGAACACAGAGGCACUGCCACCACCAACCUCUAUGGACACCGUGCCUUCAAGGGAUGAGCUAUGAAGGUUCCCUAGGAGAGUGAUCCGUGUUGGUUCAUCAUCCUUUGGUUUUUCUAAAGGGCUCUUCAUCCGUAUGC